AUGGCCGGGAAGCUAAUUGCAAACCUUAUUGUCAUGGGCUCUGGGAUUAUAGGAAGAGCUAUGCUUCAGGCAUACCGAAAAGCACUUGAAAAUGCAAAUAAAACUGGUGUGGCCCAUGAAGCAAUCAACAAUAUCCGUAGGGCCAGCAAGACAAUGACCGAGCAAGAAGCGAGGCAGAUAUUGGGUGUGACUGAGCAGUCGACAUGGGAAGAGAUUGCACAGCGGUAUGACAAGCUAUUCGAGAGAAAUGCGACAUCUGGGAGCUUUUACCUCCAAUCCAAGGUUCACCGGGCCAAGGAGUGCCUAGAAAAUGUGUACCAAAAGAACAAGCAAGAUGGAACUCGGACCUGA